ACUGGAGAGGCACAGGAGGCGUUUUCGGAUGUGGUGACAGUGAAUGUGAGCCGGGAAGGGAAGUCCAGGGAGCGAUACUCCUACGUGCUUCCCGUGGUGCAGUCAAUAGCUCCCCUGAACGGCCCGAAGGCAGGAGGAACCAGAGUGACCAUCAGAGGCAGCAGGCUGGAUGUCGGCUCCGAGCUCCGUGUCCUCGUCAAUACCUCCAGGCAGUGCACUGACCUCAGCCGUAACGCCAGCACCAUCACCUGCACCAUGCCCUCCGCAGAGCUCACCACGGCCGUGCGAGUCUGCGUUCAGUUCGAGAACAAGUCUUGUGCCAGCUACAACAUCACCUUCAAGUAUGAGAAGAACCCGAUGAUAUCAGACAUCAACCCCAAGAAGAGCCAGAUCAGUGGGGGCAGGAUCAUCACCCUGGAAGGAAGAGGCUUUGAACUGAUCCAGAACGUGUCCAUGGUGGUCCGAGGCAUUGGCAGAGAGCCAACGAGCUGCAAGGUUCACACCGACACCAUCAUCACCUGCCCCUCUCCUGCUGCCUCCAACAUCACUGUGGGGAGCAAGCCCGCACCUGUCAAUUUUUAUCUCAAUGGUCGCCUCUACACAGAUGAUCGUCCAGCUCUGGAUGAGGAGAUGUACCCCGAGGAGGCCUUGCACAUCAGCAAGUUCAGCCUGGAGUACUAUGCUGACCCUCAGUUCUUCACAGCCAAGAAGGAGAAGUGGAUCAAGCACCAUCCUGGCGAGCCCUUAACCCUGGUUAUACAUAAAGAGCCUGACAGCCUGGGCCUGGAAAGCAAUGAGUACCAAGUGAAGAUCGGCCUUAUCUCAUGUGAGAUCCAGAUUGUUUCAGACAAAGUCAUCCACUGCUCUGUCAACGAGUCACUGAGCACCUCGGACAGACAGUUACCGGUGACGAUCCAAGUUGGAAAGUUCAACUACACAAUUGCAAUGCUGCACCUUGGGGGAGGAGAGACUGCAAUCAUCGUCUCCAUUGUCAUCUGCAGCAUCUUGCUGGUCCUCUCUGUUGUAGCUCUCUUUGUGUUUUGCACAAAGAGCCGCAGAGCCGAGCGCUACUGGCAGAAAACCCUGCUCCAGAUGGAGGAGAUGGAGUCACAGAUCCGGGAGGAAAUCCGCAAAGGUUUUGCAGAGCUGCAGACGGACAUGACAGACCUGACCAAGGAGUUAAACCGCAGCCAGGGAAUCCCGUUCCUGGAGUACAAGCACUUUGUCACCCGGACAUUCUUCCCCAAAUGUUCCUCACUCUACGAGGAGUGCUACAUCCUGCCAUCCCAGCAGCUCAGCUCCCAGGUGGGCUCCCAGGUCCAGGAAACUCAUCCACUCCUGGUGGGGGAAUGGAAAAUCCCUGAAAACUGCAGACCCAAUAUGGAAGAAGGAAUCUCACUGUUCUCCACCUUACUCAACAACAAGCACUUCCUCAUCGUGUUUGUCCAUGCUCUCGAGCAACAGAAGGACUUUGCUGUUAGAGACAGAUGUAACCUGGCCUCCCUCCUUACUAUUGCAUUGCAUGGGAAACUGGAGUAUUAUACCAGCAUCAUGAAGGACCUCUUGGUGGAUCUAAUAGAUGCUUCAGCUUCCAAAAACCCCAAGCUGAUGCUGAGAAGAACGGAAUCUGUGGUGGAGAAGAUGCUCACCAACUGGAUGUCCAUCUGCAUGUACAGCUAUCUCAGAGAGACAGUCGGCGAGCCCUUCUUCCUGCUGAUCUGCGCAAUCAAACAGCAGAUUAACAAAGGCUCCAUCGACGCCAUUACAGGGAAGGCCAGGUACACCCUGAACGAGGAGUGGCUUCUGAGGGAAAACAUCGAGGCAAAGCCAAGGAACCUCAACGUCUCCUUCCAAGGCUGCGGCAUGGACUCCUUGAGUGUCAGGGCCAUGGACACAGACACGCUCAGCCAAGUGAAGGAGAAGAUUCUGGAGGCCUUCUGCAAGAACGUCCCCUAUUCCCAGUGGCCAAGGGUGGAAGAUGUUGACCUGGAGUGGUUCGCCACCAGCACCGACAGCUACAUCCUCCGGGACCUUGAUGACACCUCGGUGGUGGAGGACGGCAGGAAGAAACUCAACACAUUAGCACAUUACAAGAUCCCUGAAGGGGCAUCACUGGCUAUGAGUUUGUCAGACAAGAAGGACACUACACUGAGCAGAGUGAAGGAUCUGGACACGGAGAAAUACUUCCACUUGGUUCUCCCAACUGAUGAGUCAGUUGAACAUAAGAAGUCCCACAGGCAGAGCCAUAGGAAGAAAGUCCUGCCCGAGAUCUACCUGACCAGGCUGCUCUCCACAAAGGGCACGCUGCAGAAGUUCCUGGACGACUUGUUCAAAGCCAUUCUCAGCAUCCGAGAUGAUAAACCACCUGUGGCUGUGAAGUAUUUCUUUGACUUCCUAGAGGAGCAAGCAGAGAAAAGAGGGAUCACAGACCCUGACACUAUGCACAUCUGGAAGACCAACAG